AUUUGUCAAGGAAGUUACUGAGAGAAGUGAACGAGAGAGACCUAAAGGAAACUCAAGCUGAGCUGCAAGUCCUCACAGGGUGCUGCCAUCUGUCGCCACCAAGGACAGGAGAGGAGACAAGACCAUGUGGCAGUUCCCUGCUCUGCUCAUCCUCUUCCUCCCAGGCUGCUGCACGGCUCAGGAUCCAGUCACAGGUCCAGAGGAGGUGAGCGGUCAGGAGCAGGGCUCCUUGACAGUGCAGUGCAGAUAUGACUCAGGCUGGAAGGAUUACAAGAAGUACUGGUGCCGAGGAGCUUAUUGGAAAUCAUGUGAGAUUCUCGUUGAAACCGAUGCAUCAGAGCAGUUGGUGAAGGAAAACCGUGUGUCCAUCAGGGACGACCAGACAGACUUCAUCUUCACAGUGACCAUGGAAGACCUGAGGAUGAGCGAUGCUGACAUUUACUGGUGUGGAAUUACGAAAGCUGGAACUGAUCCCAUGUUUAAAGUUAACGUGAACAUUGACCCAGAAAUUUCAACUACAAUCAUGACGACGACAGCCACAGUUCUGCCAUCCACAGUUCUGACAUCCACAGUUCUGACAUCCACAGUUCUGACACCCACAACACCAACCACGGAGAGCAUUGGCACAGAGAACAUUGGCCAGGUCCCUGUUGAGCAGCAUCUCCUUCUUGCUGAUGGUCUUUGUGGUGGUUCCCCUCCUCCUGAGCAUGCUCAGUGCUGUUCUCUGGGUGAACAGGCCUCAGAGACACUAUGGGGGAGGUGAAAUUGGCCUGGUGGAAACCCAUAGAUCUGAUGCCCUGGACGGAGAGAAACACUUCCCAGGAGAUGAAAAAUAAUCUUUCUCCCUCUCCCUCUCCCUCUCC